AUGUCUGUCUCUCUUCUUUUCAACGGUCGGUUUGACAUGCCUGUAGAAUGUCUACAAGAAAUUUUUAAAUGCCAUCAGUAUGAACCGAAUUAUCUUUAUACAUGCUUACAAGUCAGCAAGCACUGGUGUCAACAUGCUGUCACGCUUCUCUACAGAAAUCCAUUCGAUAAGAUACAUAAGCCAUCCGCCAAACUCAUCACUACGUACCUCCAAUUCCUUGAUGACAAGACUAUAUCGUCUUUCGAAAGCCGAGGGGUACGCAUUCCCUGUUAUUCAAGACCCUUUAUGAUCGACUAUCCCGUCUAUGUACACACAUUAUGUUAUAAGCAAUCCUAUGACUCGGUCAUCGACUUCCUAUCGGAACAUGAUGUCACCAAACGACAAGUAUGGGAGAAGGAGCUAUUUGCCAAAGAAAUCUUGGAUGAAAUACUCAAAAUGUUUGUAACCCGCGGUGUACACAUUGAUGAACUAACGUUGGAUACGGAAGAUUCAAAUGUAUACCCGCCAAACGUCUAUAUGCUAUUACCCAGAUUUCCCGGUGUUCCAUCUUUUAUGCGGCGCGUAAGAAAAUUCACGUGCGGAGGGAGGUUUGAGAAGGGAGAUUUAAUGUGUAGAAUGUCGACAUUCUGCAAAGACUUGCACACAUUGCAGCUCAAUUUUUAUGAUUACGAUAUGUAUGAUCCUCGAGACAGGGACAGAUCUGAGACGAAGCGUAUAGGCACGUUGAUAGAGGCACAGCUUCAUUUGCAACGGCUCAUUAUACACGGUCCGUACCGCUUCUUGAGUAAUUUAUUGCCAGCAGUAACGAGUCAAUCUAACUGUCUCAUUCAUGUUGAAUUUGUUAGAGUGGUAUUUCGAGAUUAUGUACCUCUGUUCAUUGUUGCUAUGUGUAGUAAUCUACAAACGCUCAUAAUGGAAGACUGUGAGAAUUUGAAUGACAACAUUCUUGCUCCGCUGGCAACCUCUUCGUUUACCCGACUGAAAAAAUUCGUAUUCAUCAAUCGAUAUCAAAAGGUGCUUGAUAACUUGAUUCCAGUAGUUGCGAAUACACUUGGCAGUCUGAGGGAGGUGCGAUUCAGAAGACGAUUACCUAACAGUGCGGUAAUAUGCAAUGUGCCUGAUAUUCCUCCUGCUGUUGUUGAGACCAUUGGCCGUACAAGUGUCAAGCUUAAGCAUUUUGAGGGACACGUUGAGCAAGAAACGAUGCCUGCGUUUAUGACACUGUUAAUGUCAUGUUUGACCUUGAAGAGGUUGACCAUAUCCGUUGAACAUAGAGAAUUCUUCACAACGCAUGUUCCACUGCUGUUCCCGAGAAGCCUCAGAUUUCUGACAAUAUCGUUCGCUGGGUUCUUGUCCGCGGAUGAACUCGAUGAUUUUAUGAACCAUUGUUCCGCUCCUUUGGAAACAUUACAAUUGCCGGCUUCAAGCUGUAUUGAUCGCCAUCAUUUUCACGUGAUCGUUAAGCAUGCGCGCCGAAUGGGGACUUUGCAGCGAUUGGCUCUAUCUCGACAUGCCAACGUUUCAGAAAAGGACAUUGAACAAGCUCGUGGAGUGGUUAAACACAUAAGUAUGUGUGGAGAACAGAAGGAAUGGUAA